AAAAGUCCCCAAACUGUCAGGAUCUGGAUUACCUCACACAUUCUAGAAAAGAGACAAGAUGAGAAGCAGGCUGUGUGAUCUUACAACAGCACACACCCCCUGUCCUGGGUUUCCAUGCUCUUCCCUCUCACUCUCUAUAGCCACCAGACUAAACCCUCCAAACCUGGGUAUCAAUUGGUUCCUUUAAUCCCCACCUAGGGAAUCUACUAGGGUAACACCCCUUCAGGAUUUCAUGGCAAAGUCUUUCCAAUCAAAGAAAGGAUCACCAGCGCGGAGAAAGAUACUAAGGUCUGCCUAAGGGAGAAGAGGUCUGUGGGAGAGGCUACAGCAGGAGUCGGGGGAAGAGGCGGCAGUUGAUGGUGGCUAUAAAGGGGCUGAUAUCGGAUCUCUUGGGAGCUUCUGGAAUUUCUGAGCAGCCCUGGUCAGUACAAGAUGGACCCAGUAGUCUUGAGUUACAUGGACAGUCUACUGCGGCAAUCAGACGUCUCACUACUGGAUCCUCCAAGCUGGCUCAAUGACCAUGUUAUUGGGUUUGCCUUUGAGUACUUUGCCAACAGUCAAUUUCAUGACUGCUCUGACCACGUCUGUUUCAUCAGCCCCGAAGUUACUCAGUUCAUCAAGUGCACUGGCAACCCAGCAGAAAUCGCCAUGUUCCUUGAACCCUUGGACCUCCCCAAUAAGAGAGUUAUAUUUUUAGCCAUCAAUGAUAAUUCCAACCACGCAGCUGGGGGAACCCACUGGAGCUUGUUGGUUUAUCUGCAAGAUAAAAAUGGCUUUUUUCAUUAUGAUUCUUAUGGUAGUAGUAACACAUUCCAUGCAAAACAGGUAGCAGAGAAACUAGAGGCUUUCUUAGGCAGAAAAGGAAACAAACUGGCCUUUGUGGAAGAGAAAGCCCCUGCUCAGCAAAACAGCUAUGACUGUGGGAUGUACGUGAUAUGUAACACUGAGGCCUUGUGUCAGAACUUCUUUAGACAACAGCCAAAAUCACUACUGCAGCUACUCACUCCUACAUACAUCACAAAGAAGAGAGAAGAAUGGAAAGAUCUCAUUGCCAGACUUGCUAAAAAUUAGCUGUUGAAAUAUAUUUGAGUUUUGAAGUCUCUUUCUGCCUGUCCCCGUGUAUUGGAUGGCUGAAGUCUCAGUGCCUGAGGGAAGAUGCCUGGGAGAGGAAAGCUUAGAAUGCUUACUUUCUCCUGAGAGAGUGUUGUCCUCCACAUUAUCCUAAUGGAAAGUGUCACUUUAACGCUAACUUCAGAGCAAUAUGUUCUGUGAAGAGGUAUUCAAAAUAUGCACCAAAACUGAUUAAUUCCCUUUUGGGCUCCCUUAUCCACAUUGGUUUAGUCCAAAGAAAAAAGAUUGAUCUGUAAAACAAAUUAAGAAUAUGUGAAAUUUACAAGCAAGAAGAAAAUCAUAGAGCAACCAAAAACUUAGUGCACAGCCACAUAUUUCAAGAGAUCAACUAGCUGGAAGCAGAUCAAGACCUAACCUAAUUCAAGAUUGAAGUUUUAUCAGUUACUCAGUCCUGUGAUACCUCUUCCAUUCAACAAGCAAAGGCUUUGCCAGCUAUAACCUUUGCCAAUACUUGAUAAAGAUGGUGUUAGCCCAUAGUCACCCAUCUAAUUCCUGGAGCACUUUAAGAAAGGGGGAAUCUUGAAUAACUUUGUUAAAAUUAAUGUCUGUGGUGGACCUCUUAUUUUGCAUCUGAAACAGUUCGUUUAUUUUUGAGAUACAAAGGAGAAAAAGUGACCUUUCUCAACUCUUUCACUUUAUUCAAAAUGCAGACAAUGUAAUUUUUGAAAUGUGGAACCAAGAGUAAAAUGAAAUGCUAUUCCUUCUAAA